AAGAAUGCUGCGUUGUGUGACGAAGUGUCGCGCUUGCGCCAACGUAUUCAAACAGUGACCGAAGAAAGAAAGAGUACCAUACAAGCUUUUCUAUUUUUCUGGGCUACAGCAAGUGUAGAAUGGGUGGAUGCUGAUGUGGUCUUUGCUCGUCAGACCUGUGCAUCUUUACCAGCAGUGGCAGGAGGACAAGAAGCAGCUGCUCAAGCUUUAAAAGCAGCUGAAUCGUAUGUGUCCAAUUCUUCCUCAUCGUCCUCAUUGGUUGCUGCAACUGCUGCUGCCGCUGCUGCUACCGGAAGAGAAGGUGGCACUGUACGAGUUACUGCUGAUGUGGAUAAUGAUGAAAGCGAUGAGACAAUUACAUCGAGUGGCGCUGCUACACCGAAUACCAGUGCUUCUGUAACAUUUGAAUAUUUCUCGCGUGGAAACCCCAGAGCCGUCAAUGAUUCGGAACCAGGAAAUGCUAACAAAGCAAAUGGCAGAUAUUUCCAGUGUCCAGAACAGUGGGAAUCACAAGCUGAAAGGUGGUAA